AUGAAUUUAAAAAAAAUUUUGGUACCUUUAUUAAUUUUUAUAACAACGGUAAAUUGUUGUGGAUUAAGUGUCCAUAAUGAGGUUACUGUGAGAGCAAUUGAAUCUUUUAAGCCAACAAUAGCUUCUCGUAUCAAAUAUUCCCAAUUCCUUAAAAAAUAUAAAGAAAUUGUACAGUGUGGCUCAGUUUUUCCCGAUUGGGGGUAUAAUUGCUUAGGAAAUGAUGAAGCUGCCGAAGAUGCACAUUGGCCACCAUUUGUUAAAGCUAGCACUGAAUAUAUACGUGAAAAUUAUAACAAUUCAACUUGGGAAAAUGAUGUCAAUGCUCAGAAAAUAAUAGCAUUUUUAUUUGCAAUCGUUUCACAUGGUGCAGCAGAUACAUCAUGGCAUAGUUUAGAGAUGGAUAGUGGAUUUAUAAAUGCAAUGGCAGAAAUGAAUUACUGGGGUGUAUAUAAUGAUGCACAUGAAGCUGCUGAUAAUGGUGGUGAAUUUACACUUUCACAUAUGUCAGAAAUUGAUUAUUUAGGUAUUCCUUUCAAAGAUUUAAUUGCAAUCUACGAGAAAAUGGGUAAAACUGUGACAGAGCCACAAAUUCAGUUUUGUAUAAAACGUUCAUAUGCUCUUUCUGAAUUCAACAAAUCACCAUUUCUGAUCGAACAAUUGGAAAAUUAUCAUCGUGGAGGGAUUAAUAAUAUGGCAGCUAAUGUUCAUGAUUGUUGGAAUGGUUUAUCAAAUUGGUUCGAAGAUGGUCCAGGAAAUUAUUCAUCAUUGUGUGAUGCAUUCAAAAAAUCUUUUUUUACAGAACCAAGAUAUAACAAUAAGAAGAAUUGGCGAAAUAAGCAUAAUGGUUUAACUUAUGUUCAAGCAAUAAAAAUUCUUGAGGCUAAUGGUUUUGAAAUUGAAUUUUAUAAAGAUGAGAAUGGUAUAGGGCAUUUGGAAACUCGAUAUAAUCAUAACCUUCUUCAUCAUCAAGAAAAAGAACAUUUAAAUACAAUUGAAAGAGAAGAUUCAACGAUUAAAAUAAUAAAUCAAAAUGCUGCAAAUAAUAAUCAAAUAAAUUUUAAUUUCAAGCCCACAAUAAACACUCCUCAAUUAUCAUCAAAAAUGCCAUCACCACCUAUCAGUAAUAUUUGUAGUAGCAGUAACACCAAUAAUAAGGAGAAUCCUGAUAUAGAAUUGCUUUGCAAAGCAUUACCAAAUGAUUCAGAGAAAAUCAUCACAUUGGACUCUUUAUAUCCAUAUGCAUCUUUUGGUCAUGAUAUGAUAGUUGGAGAUUUUAAUGGUGAUGGUAUUGAAGAUUUAGUGAUUAGUGCACCUUAUUAUAGUAAUGAUCCAAUUGCUAUUCAUUUGGGAGCAAUUUUCAUAUUUUACGGCAAAAAAAACAAUCAACAAUCAUCACCACCAAAAACUUUAUCAUAUGAUAUUAUUGACACAGCUGAUCAAAUUAUACAAGGGCAUGAUUUAAUAUCAGAGUCACGUUUUGGGUGGUCAUUGGCUGUCGUAGAUAUGAAUUCAGAUGGGAUAGAUGAUUUGGCCGUUGGUGCACCAUCUUUUGGUGCUAAAGAUUUAGCAUAUACUGGCAAAGUUUAUAUAUAUUUCGGGAGUAAAGAUGCCAAGAAGCUAUCAGAUGUUCCAGACAUUCAAAUUCGUACCUCAUCAAAUACUGUUAAAGAUAAUUUACAAAUUGAAGGAUUUGGUUACGUUUUAGCGUCUGGUGAUAUUGAUAAUGAUGGUUAUAAAGAUUUAAUAAUUGGGUGUCCUCACUGUGGAAUGUAUAAUAUAACAUAUUUGUAUACACAUUCACAUAUAGGAGCGAUUUUUGCAUUCUUAAGUUCAAGUAAUCAUCAAGGGAACAUUUCAAGACAUGAUAAUGAUUGGCAAAAGCUUGGCCCAGCAAAGCAAGCUUAUGAAUGGUUUGGAUCAGCUAUAGAAGUAGUUAAAUCACCUAAUAAUAAUAGUAACUCCAUAAUUGUAGUUGGAGCACCAGGGUAUGGUAAUAAGAAACAAACGGUUGGUAAAAUAUAUGGAUUUGAAAUAAUUAGUACUACCAACAAAAUUAUUAAAUCUUUUGAUAAAUUUGAUUUGAGUGGGACUAGUGAAUUCCAGGCAUUUGGAAGUUUAAUAAUUUCAGGCAAUUUCUUAAAUAAUGGAAAGAAUUACAUCCUUACUACUUCAAAAUCAGAGUCGUAUAAUGGACUGUUUCCUGGUUACAAGAUAUGGCAAGCAGGUGCAGUGAGAUUAUUAGAUUUGGAUUAUAUUAAACAAGGAGCUUUACUAUCUGAUGAAGUAAUGAAAAUUGGAAAUGGGUUAUUAUUGAUCAAAUAUGGGUCAGAAAGUUCAUCACAUUUUGGUAGUUCGGUAUAUUGGGAUGAAAUUGAUAGAUUUGAGAGUAUUGAAGUCAUUCCUAAGGAAUGCAUAAAUGGACGACAACAACAAACAAGAUUUGGAAGUAAAAUAAUAAAAUAUGAUUUUAAUGGGGAUGGUAAAAAAGAUUUGUUGAUUACUGCCAAGCAUUCAAGUACUUCCUCAAGAUUGGGAGGUAGUGUUAUGAUAAUUUUGAACUAA